UACGUAACCAGAUUCGAUCUCUCUCCAGGCCGGUCUCUAUAUACACCGGCCGGCGGCGGCCGGCGCUCAGCUAGCUACGUACUCCCGUCCGAUCCCCCUCGACUCGAUCCCGCCUCCUCACGAGCGACUUCACCUGCGUCGAUCGAGCGAGCGAGCAGAGGUAGCUAGCAAUGGCGCUGGUGCAGCUUGGGAUGGGCGUCGGCCGCGUCGUCCUCCUCUGCGGCGCCGGAUUCGUUGGCUCCAUGGCCGUCCGCAGCGGCAGCUUCGCCGACAUCCUAGCCGAGUUCCAGCUGGCUAUGGAAGACCAAGAAGCGAGCGGGAGCAGCGGCAUCACCGAAAUCACCAAGCAGCUGGAUCAACUAGCUACGCAGCUUCGAGAACACGUGAGUCGAGCAGCUGUCGUUUAUGUAGAUUCUGCAGGCAACGGAGUUGCAUCAUCGUUGGUAGGACCUGCUGCAGCUGCUGGGGCUUUGAGCUAUGGUUACAUGCGCUGGAAAGGCAUAUCUAUUGCUAGUCUGAUGUAUGUCACCAAGAAAAAUAUGGCCAAUGCUGUUGAAAGCAUGACUACGAAUCUGAAACAAGUGCAGACAUCUCUUGCAGCUGCUAAAAGACACUUAACACAGCGCAUUCAACAUGUGGAUGAUAAAUUGGAACAUCAGAAAGAGAUUUCCGGACAAAUAAGAGAUGAGGUUACUGGUGCACGAUUGAAACUCCAGAACAUUGGUUCAGAUAUGCAAAAUCUCAAAGAAAUGGCUGAGGGUCUGGGUGGAAAGUUGGAUUCAAUUGAAGCAAAACAGAACUAUUCAUUGGCUGGUGUGAUGUAUCUCGUGGAGUUCAUAGAGCAAAACGGCGGGAGGUUGCCUCGUAGCGUGGAAAACGUGCAACGAACGGCCAGGCUCGCUGGAAUUACAGGGGACAAAAAACAGCUGCUGGGGCUGGGCCAGCUGCUGGCGAUCGAGCCGGGGAGCCGUGCAGGAGGGCUCCACUCUACCUCUCCGCUGUUACAAUUCAACGCACCGUCAUCGGCACGGCAUUCGUCAACCGAUCGGUCCAAAGUUUUGUAGAAUAGGAAUCAACGAGCUGGCAAUACACACGCGUAUGUAGCAAUACCCAUCGCUGAAAAUAUCAACCAUAUAGGACUAGGGUACGGUGAAUUUAGGGCCUGUUUAUUUACUUUCGAUUUGAUAGUCCUGGUCACAUCAAAUAUUUUGAUAUUAAUUAGAAGUAUUAAAUAUAGACUAUUAAUAAAACUCAUC